GGUGCUCAAGUUGCCCGACUCUAACCAGACCGCCGAGAAGGACGAAUUCGAGCACCAGCAGAAGGAUCUCGAGGCCAUCUGCAACCCAAUCAUCACCCGCCUCACCAAGGAGCUGGUGCUUGUUUUGAAAAAAGUUGCCCUACCGAUUGCCCGACGAUUCGUCAGCACUACUCGACCGACAAUGAGCGGAAAAUCUGCGCUGGUGCUCCUCGUUGAUGGCACCGAGGAGAUGGAGGCCGUUAUUACGAUGGACAUCUUGCGUCGUGGUGAUGUCAAGGUUACGGCCGCUGGAUUGUCCGGAAGCGGCCUGAUCAAUUGCGCUCGCGACACCAAGAUCACGCCUGACGCCGCGUUCGCUGAUGUCAAGGACAAGAACUUCGACAUGAUCGUCCUCCCCGGUGGCCCCGGCAGCAGCAAAUACGGAGAGUGCCCGGAAGUGGGCAAGCUGCUCCACAAGUACACCGAUAGCGACCGUUUCGUGGCCGCGAUUUGUGCCGCGCCGGACGCCCUUCGAGCACACAAGGUUUCGCCUGGAGCUUCCGUGACCGCCUAUCCUUCGGUGCGUGAAGGAAUCGAAGGUGCCGGCUAUAAGUUCCUCGAGCAAGACGUCGUCGUCGAUAAGAAGCUCAUCACCUCCCGAGGCCCCGGAACUGCUUUCCAAUUCGGACUGAAGCUCGUCGAAGCGCUCCAGGGCAAGGACAAGGCCCAAGAAGUCGCCAAGGCCACCCUCGUCGACUACCAU